AUGCGAGUCCCGAAGCAUCAGCUCCAGCGCGGUCCAACACGGUCCAACCCGGUCCAACCCGGUCCAGCGCGGUCCAACCCGGUCCGAUACAGUCCACAGAAGCCGGAGAACCGAGCAAGAACAGCGGACGAAAGAAAGUCCUCUGCGCGACAGGGAUCUCCCAUCAGCGAUAAGAGAGAGGAGGGGGAGGAGGGGCGUGCGCGCGUGAGGGGGAACGCGCGUGCACGUGAGGGGGGGCUGUUUGACACGGAUCCAGAUGUUUACAGCAGCACGAACGCAUUCCUCCGCUGCUGCUGA